CGCUAUUCUCCUUCACUGUGCCCUACGCGCUUUGGCAGCUAGUCGUUGGCUAGCAAGCAAGCAAGCAACGAAGGAGGCUAACUAGUGAGAAAUUUUCUGCUCCAGCAUUGAAUUUGCCGCAUCCGAGGGAGAGGCACAAUGGCGGUACCUCCAUCGUACGGAGACUUGGGCAAGUCUGCUAAGGACAUCUUCAGCAAGGGCUACGGAUUUGGCAUCGUGAAGCUUGAUUUGAAAACCAAAUCCCAAAAUGGAGUGGAGUUCAACACGUCCGGCUCCAGCAACACUGACACGGGCAAGACGGGCGGCAACCUGGAGACCAAGUACAAGAUGAAGGAGCUGGGCCUGUCACUGACGCAGAAGUGGAACACCGACAACACCCUCGCCACCGAGGUGGCCGUGGAGGACCAGCUUGCUCAGGGCCUGAAGCUGGCAUUUGACACCUCGUUUGUCCCCAACACUGGCAAGAAGAGCGGCAAGCUGAAGUCGGCCUACAAGCGCGAGCAUAUCAACCUGGCGUGUGACCUGGACCUGGAGGGCCCCAUCGUGCACUCGGCCGCCGUGCUGGGCUACGAGGGCUGGCUGGCCGGCUACCAGAUGGCCUUCGACACCGCCAAGUCCAAGCUGGUGCAGAACAACUUUGCGCUGGGCUUCAAGGCCCAGGACUUCCAGCUCCACACGAACGUGAAUGAUGGCACAGAGUUUGGUGGCUCCAUCUACCACAAGGUCAACGAUCAGCUGGAGACGGCCGUGACCCUGGCGUGGACCGCUGGCAGCAACAACACACGGUUCGGUGUGGCAGCCAAAUAUGCGCUAGACAAGGAUGCCUCCAUCUCGGCCAAAGUGAACAACGCAAGUCUGGUGGGAGUUGGCUACACCCAGACCCUGCGACCAGGAGUGAAGCUCAUUCUCUCGGCACUGAUCGACGGCAAGAACUUCAACUCUGGCGGCCACAAGGUUGGCAUGGGCUUUGAGCUGGAGGCGUAGAGGGUCCCUUCCUCUGAAUGAGUCCCCUCAGCCCUUUUCACCUCCACCAACACCCCCCAUUUAUAACCCUUUUAUAACUCCAGCUUAUUUAGUCUCCCUUCACCCUAUAUAUUCCGCCGAACACACACACACACACACACAUACACACACACACACACACACAGUCACACACCUUUGUCUCUCCACCAUUGAAUUUAGGUAACAGAACCUUACUGAUGGUCAGCAGCGUAUCCACUGUACCAGAAGAGCCAGGUGACGUAGAUAGACAUAGACAAUGCAUGAUGGUCAAUGUUAAACCCAUUGGGCAGCACUUUUAAAGCCCCCAACAUGACAUUUAGUUAAUCAGAGCAUCACAACAGAAGAAAUUCUUUAACAUAAGGAGUGAAAAGUGAAACCUUUUGGCUGUCCAUCCUCCCAUGGGGUUGUGAAGGACAGCCGUCAUGAUCUCACCAAACAGAUGCGUGAAGGAAUUUUAGCUAGUUUUUUUUGUUUUUAUUAUAUAAAUCAUGUAGCAUACGUAUAUAAUAUCAUGAGGUCCAAUAGGAAGUUACAAUUUCAAAUGGCAUAACCGCCUAGGUCAACAUGGGAAGUUGAGUUUGCAACUGCUAAUGAAGUUUUUGUGAAACCCUGGUGAUGAUGAAAGCAAUGGAGUUUCGCUCAUAAGUCGUACGCACAUUUCUUCUUAUUUUAUUUUUGGACCCCCCCCCUAAGAACAUAGAAGAAAAAAUGGCCCUAAAAAUAUUGUGAUCAGUCUGUGACGGGCAUGAAAUUGAGGUUGAUGCAUGUCAAGACCAUGCCAGUUUGGCAUGCCGCUUAAGGGAGGCUCUUGGGUGCUAACCUCAGUCAUUUAGUUGGGGAUUUUUGUGGGAAGGGUUUGCAUUGGGUUUUGUUUUUUUUGUUUUUUGCCGUAUGGCACUUAUAUCCAUUUUUUUUUUAAACUGACAAACAGGGUCAAAGAGCGAACUCAAUUCUUCCAACAAUCUCAGGAAAGGA